AUGAAACACUCCCGUCGUUAUCAAGAAAUUAAGGAAAAAAUUCCUAAUAAUAAAUACUAUAAUGUGCUAGAAGCCAUCGAAUUUUUGCGAAAUAAUAAUCCUGAGAAAUUAAAAAAUAUCAAAGUUUGUUUUGCUUUAAACCAGUCUAAGCGAAAAACUAUUACUGCUUUGAGAAGCAAAAUAAUUUUACCUCAUCCUAUUUCCCCAAAAGGAAAAAUAGCCGUAGUUAAAGAUGACUUGCCGGUCGAGAUGACUAACGACUUAACUAAAAUUAAAGCAGUGGAAUUGUUAUCAGUGGAAGAAUUGGUGGUUCAUCCUCAAAAUGAAAAGAAAUUCAGAGUGCCGGAAAAAUUACCACCUAAGUUAUUUGGUUUAAUUGCUAGAAAAGUCUCCUUAACUGAAAAUGUGUUGGAGGCCGUAAAUAACUUUCAACAAGGGGAGCAAGAAAUAAAAACUGACCGAGGAGGUAAUAUUCACGCGGUAAUUGGUAGCAGUGCUUUUAACCAGCAACAAUUAGAGGAAAAUUAUAAAAGUUUGUAUAAAAAAAUAACCGGACUAAAACCAGUGGGUUGGAAAAAGGAUUUUCUAAAAAACAUAACUCUUUCUACCACGAUGGCAAUUAAAUUUAAAAUCACUGAAAUUAUUAAUCAAGACCUUAAUUCUGGUCCGAUCGUAAUCAAAAUUGAAGAAAUAAAUUUUCCUACCGGUAAAGGGAGUGAAAAGACUAAAAUUACCAAGUUAAAUUUUGGGGGAGAUAAAAUAACCGAAAUUAAAGAUAUUUUUGCCACUAGUAAAAGUUAUCAAAUGGAGUUUAAGGAAACCGAAGUAAAGGAUAACCGAACGCCAAAGCAUACGCUGAAUAUGUGUUUUGAGGCAGGAGGUUCCAAACCAGCCUUACCUAACAAGUUAAAUAUCGAAGCCAGUGAGGAGUUAAGGAUAUUUUAUAAUAACCAUGAUGGUAGUAUUAAGUUGACCAAGGAAACCGGAACACCAACUGACCCUGGUACUCCCAAAAAACAACCGGAUGACCCUGGUACUCCCAAAAAACAACCGGAUGACCCUGGUACUCCCAAAAAACAACCGGAUGACCCUG